AUGUCAACGUUGUCAAUGGGCCUUGUAAUAUGGCCAAGUCUACCUAUAUUUCUUUGUGUCGGUUUUGUUUCAAGUCUUGUCCUUUUGUUGGCAACUCUACGCAGAAGCGCACGGCAUGCUUCAAAGCCCCGAUCUCACGAUGCUCCAGUCGAUACAGAAUCGACAAGCUACCCACCAGUUGAGGCACUUUCGGCCUUUGACUGGAGGAAUAAGGAGCCUUUGAAACUUCGACCAUUUAAGCCGAAAUAUAAUUUAACCAUGAGUAUACAAGAUGCGACCGCAAACGAGCUCAUCGAGAUGGAUAAAAAUUACCUCGAAAGGAUCACCCUGCGUAAGGGACUUAUAGAGGAAUAUUCCGAGGUCGUGUCCGCGGCUGAGGACAGUGCCAAAUCGGCUGUUGAUGAGUUCUUUGUUUGGCUUGUCGGAACUUACCUGCCGACUCGAUUUCCGCUCAUGUUCCAGUUGCAACGGCAGGAAGGAAAACAACCUGUACUACAUAGUAGUGUGACAGGUGAAAACUACUCUCUUGAGCCAGAUGCAAAUCCUUUAGUGACAUUGAGGAUUAUGGGAGGCCUUGUUGAUGACGAUCUGCUCUUCCUCUUACCCUCUGAAGAUGGAGAUGGCUAUACACUCAAGGCUUUCAUAACAUGUUUCCCAAAUGGAUUCAACACGGCCAAAAAUCUCAACCUCAAAUUAAGGGAUAUACACAAACCUGUCCCUCAGUAUAAAGAGAAAUUGGAGAAGAGCAUGGAACGAUAUUUCGAUCGUCUGAAACCUGGGGCUGGGAAGUUCAUAAAGAGGGCCAACUGGACCAUAACGACUACGGACAGGCUUUUCACUGCAUCUGGGAACCAUCUGUAUGAAGGGGAGACCGUUGCACCAGAAGAGGUCAAUAUUGAGACCGCUCGAGUUCGUUGCGAGCGACAGAUGCUGCAUCGUCUACCACACAGCCGUGCUAUACUUUUCUCUUUCAAGACUUAUCUCUACACUCUUCCCGAAAUCAAAAGUGAAGGACUUGGCGAGGUACUAGCGGAGUCAAUUGAUGGAUUGAAGGAAGGAAAUGCGCCAGGUUUUCAUUUUUACAAGAGAGCUGCGAUAUGGGGAGAAUCCGCGAAGGCUUAUCUAAGGAGCUGA